ACAAGAACGAGAUGAACUCGACGUAUUUGUUGUCGAUCCGCCUCCUCCCCACCGGUGCAAGAAAACAGCUGCUUUGAUGGUCCUAUAGGUAGCCUAUUCGUGGGAAUAUUUAGUUUUUAUGGGACACUUAACGUAACGUAGGCCUACUUAGAACUGAGCGACGAUGAUGUCUGAAUGCGACCCGACAGAGACCAGCGAGCCGGUGCUGGACUCUGAAGCGACAGCGGUUCCUGGUUCUGAAUGUAACUUUCACUUCUCGGGACCGGCACAGGUUUUAUUCGAUGGUACUGGGAUAGGUUUAGGACUCUCAGUUAACCCUGGAGUGGCUGUUCGUAUUUCGGAGUCUUGUGAAAGUGUCUUGACCGAGCUUGAGAACGACGGUUCCGGGGAAGAGGCGCUGUUACUACCGGGUUUAACCGGGAACACGACGUCUCCUCGGUGUGCCCAAGAGAAGCGCAGCAAGCGAAACCGACACAGCUCGUCAUCGGAUAAAGACACCUUGGCCUCCCCAGGUACCAACAGUGGGGACUUCAACCAUUUCCCUGAUGAUCCAGAGUUUGCAGAUAUUAUCCAAGUGGCCGAACAAGCUAUUGAGAAUGGUGUAUUUCCAGAGAGGAUUUCCCAGGGUUCAAGUGGGAGCUACUUUGUCAAAGACCUUAAAGGGAAAAUCAUUGGUGUUUUCAAACCAAAGUCAGAGGAACCUUAUGGUCACCUUAACCCCAAAUGGACCAAAUAUUUUCACAAGCUGUGCUGUCCCUGUUGUUUUGGCCGAGGCUGCUUGUUGCCUAACCAGGGUUACCUUUCAGAGGCUGCUGCAUCACUGGUUGAUACCAAGCUUGGUCUUGGAGUGGUACCAAAGACAAAGGUUGUAUAUCUGGCAAGUGAGACAUUCCACUACAGCGCCAUUGACAGAGCAAAAUCCAGGGGAAAGAAGUACGCCUUGGAGAUUGUCCCCAAGGUGGGAAGACGCUUCCAUCGAGUGGGCUUGCCACCCAAGGUUGGCUCAUUUCAGCUGUUUGUGGAGGGCUACCGUGAAGCGGACUAUUGGCUGCGGCGCUUUGAGGCAGAACCUCUGCCAGAAAAUAUCAGGAAGCAGCUCCAGUCACAGUUUGAGCGAUUGGUAGUGUUGGACUAUGUUAUCAGAAACACAGAUCGAGGAAAUGAUAACUGGUUGAUCAAGUAUGUGAAGCCAGGAGAAAGGGGACAAGAUGAAAAGGAUACAGAUUGGCCAGAGAUAAGUUCAGAAUCUUGUAUCAAGAUUGCAGCAAUUGACAAUGGCCUGGCCUUUCCCUUUAAACACCCGGAUGAAUGGAGAGCCUACCCGUUCCACUGGGCCUGGCUUCCCCAGGCUAAGGUGGCUUUCUCCCAGGAGACCAGAGACCUGGUGCUGUCACGUCUCUCUGACAUGAACUUUGUUCAGGACCUCUGUGAGGAUCUCUAUGAAAUGUUCAAGGAAGAUAAAGGUUUUGACAAAACAAUGUUUGAGAGACAGAUGUCUGUAAUGAGAGGACAGGUUUUGAACCUGACCCAGGCACUGAAGGACAGGAAGAGCCCCAUCCAGCUGGUCCAGAUGCCCCGGGUGGUGGUCGAGCGUAGCCGCUCAGGCGGUCAUGGUCGGGUGGUCACUCUUGGCAAUGCCUUCACUCAAACCUUCCACUGCAAACGUCCAUUUUUCUCCUCUUGGUAGUCAGAUGUUUGUGAGGAGUAGAGAUGAGAAGAAAUGUCUUCAAUGGGUCUUCUAUGGUCCUGAAGUUUAGGAUCAAGGAGGUAAAGGACAAUAACAAUGAGUUAUUGUCCGAGUGGUUAUGUUUCCUUGGCAAGAAAAUAAAGGGAGAAACCUUAAAAUAAGAAAGGAAACAAAAAACAAAAGGAAAAUUGUCUUGUUUGCCAAGUCCUCAUUAUGUAAUGAGAUGGCAGGGAAGCCCGGAAGCUAGAAGGUCUGGUUGGUUGAUAGUUGGGCUGUGGUUACUAUGGUGACUUGAUAGAUAAACCAGCUUUUCUACAAAGGUGUUUGGUAUUUCUUCAGAAAUAAUUGCAGUUUUUACUGAAUCAAAGUACCUACUAGAGUCUCUUGCAAGGUCUCUCAGUGGGGCUAAUAGCCAAAGAAAGAAGCACUAACAAACCACAAGCUAAUUGAUCCGUGGUAUUGUAGUGUUUGGGAAUCUCAAGGAAUGGUUCCACAUUUUUUCACAAAAGGGUCGUUUUUUGUCUAUUGAUGUUGCUAUUUUUGUUGUUGUAUUGUUUGGCCUGGGACUGUGUUGUUCUUGGUUUGGAAUAAGAAUUGAACAUAUUUAAUUUGCCUUGUAGAAUGACUCUUGAAAAUAAAGAUGUGCACUUUGCACUGUUGGAGGUAUUUGACUUGGUAAACAACUUGGUCAAACCACUCUUUACACAGGGUUGUUUUUCAAAGCCACUUCUGUUGGCCAUACACAAACUCACUGCCAAUAUAUUUUAAGAAGGAAUAUUUAAGAAAACCUCAAUUAAAAAAAAUGUUGAAACUUGAAUAUAUUAUUUGGAGGACUAUUAAUACACACAUUGCUUGAAUGUAUUCUGAUUAUGGUUUCUAUAGUGACCCUUAAUCCUAAACAUUUCAAUACCUUUGAAUGCGGUGCAAAAACACCUUUAUCUUAUCAAUGAAUGUAUUGGUUGUCUUAAAUAUUGAUUUGCUGGCAAGAAGCUUCCUUUUGAACCUUGUGUGAUAGGGGAAGGCACUUUAAUCUUCCACCUCACAAUAUAUUAUAAGAAGAAGCAAAAUACAACAGAAGACUACAUGUAACAUCUGAAUAAUACUGUUGUGAUUUCUUUGGUAUGCAUCUUUAAAUUUUAUUAAAUAUAAUGAUGUGAAAACGUAUGUAAACAAAUGAAUAAUAAACUAUGAAUAUUGUAAUA